AGAUCUAGCUAGAUAGGUUAAAAAGUAUAUUUCCCUGAUAUGUAGUAGAGUAUUGCCAUAAAAUGAGUAAAAGUACUUAAAGGCCACAAGUAGUGUUUUUGCUGUAUUGUUCAGGUUAAAAAUGCUCAGUCUAUCAGGUUACUAAAUUAACAUUAGUUUAAAUGAUAAAUUAUUAAAUGUUGAUAUUACAGUCCAGGCUCAUACUGGUCAGAGCUGCUCGUGUGUCGCUUAGCAACGACUGUAGCAACCGGUCUCACAUAGAUUGGAAGAUUAUCUUUAGCAGGAACUAUAAAAUGAUCCAAACUGUAGUCUCUUUGCAUUAGUAUUGUAGUUUUACUACUUUGUUUUACCAGUUUGGGGCCUGUUUCCUCAAUGUAUAACAGGGUGAAGGGGAUUUUUAACCAACUUUGAGGUUAAUUAUAAACUGAAGGAGCCAUUUAUAGGCUAAAUUUAAAAAAAAAAAAGUUUUUAAAAAGCCACUGGAGGAAUGCGCUUCGUCAUCACAACUUUCCCCCUGGGGGUAAGAAGAAGCAGAAGGAAGAGGGGGAGGAGGAGGAGGUCGGGGCAUGAUGAGGAGGGGUGUCCUCAGAUGGGACUUUCCUCAUUGCCCUCCAGAAAAAGUUGUUUCACAAGUCACCUCUCCGGAGAUGCUCCCCGGUGCCGCCACGGAGGAGGUAUGCGGACCUGUGUGCGGUGGUGGUGGAGCCGCGGUGGCCUCCCUCUCCGCUCGGGGAUACUACUUCUCUUAGUGCCACCGGUUCUCCUCGCUCUCCAGCUCCUCGUCGUCGGCCCACGGUUACCUCUAGCCACAAAGGUCGGGGUGGGGGUGGAGGAACAAGAGGGCGAGGUGGCUUUCUCCGUCAUUAGCAUCGAACCGGACAGGAACUCACGCCAACGGGGAUCCCCGUCCCGUCUGAAGGAGGAGGAGGAGGAGGAGGAGGAGGAAGAUGGGGAAAGAAGGGGGUCGUAUGAGGACGAGAACGAGGUGCACUCGCGCCAGGUGGGACAAAGACCGUUGGAGGUGCAGCCAUGGGCAGCAGACAAUCCGUCCUUCACAGCAGAGCUCAAUCGUAGUAUCACAUAUAUCACCAGGCCACAGCUAAACUGCUCCAGGGUUUUGUCUCCAGGUCAGGCUCAGGCAUCACAGACCCCUGCAGCUUCACCCCCUUGGCUGCUGUGUGCUGAGGACUGGCUCCUUCCAGCUACAGAUAGACCGUGUGUGGCGUACUCUUUUAGCAUGGAUGGGCGAGAUGCGGAGUUUCUAAAGACCGUGUCACUGCUGGGAUGUGAAGUCCACAGUUUUGAUCCCAGCAACUCCAAUGCAUCUGGUGGUCACCUUGGCAACAGUUUGGCUGGUAACUACGGCGAUGGAGGCGUGGUCAACCAGCACAAGAUGUGGCUGGAGUGGCGAGCUCCGAGGAAGCGUAAGCACAAGACAAGAGGCAACCUGGGUAGCGUUUCUCAAACACUGGCAGACAUCAUGGCUGCUCUGGGACAUCACACAGUUCACUUCCUGUAUGCUGACCUGCUCAGUGCUGAGUGGCGAGUUUUCCAGAACUGGAUUGAGACGGGAACUCUGCAGAGUAUUCAUCAUCUGGUUGCCACGGUGCACCUGCAGUGGGCAGGGUUUGAGGUGGGCGGCACCGAUGAGGAAGUGCUCCGCUAUUGGUUUAGUGUCCUACAGGGUCUCCAGGCUUUUGGACUCAAGCUGGUCCACAGCUCUGCAGGAGAGGGUCACAGUGUCCUAAAACAGACAGUAGCAAAUGCACACAGCUCCUACACACUCAGCUGGGUCAACACAAGACACUGACACACACACAUGAAUGGACACAGGUGUACACACAUGACUAGACACUGGAUGGCCUCAAACAAGAAGGAGAAGGUCAAUCUUAAAAUAGCUGGUGGAGUUACACUUUUCUCACAAUGAACUUUUUCCCCUGUCAUUUCAGGCACACGGUUCUUAACAUAACAUCUCCCCCUAGUGGAGAUAAAAGAAUCUGCCUUUUUAUGACUCCACCCUCAGAGGGAAAUACUGCUGUGUCUCUGUACAUGAUGGCUAAUUUGACCAAAUAUGGAGCAGAAGGAGGGCUCACUGAUUCAACUAAGUGACAGCACAAUCAAAUGAUAAUUAAACCUGCAGAACUGUCUCACUUGCAACAUGAAAAACAGCAGAUCUACUAUAUGUAAUGUAAUCCACUGCUGGGUUGGGUCUAGCAGGUACCACCAUAUUUUUAUUAACUUUCUGUGGUGUUAGCAGUAUUAUACCAUAUUAUUAGAUCAUAGAGUGCACCUCUUAUUAAUUACUUUGAUCCAGCUGUAGUUUGAACGUAGAUUCAACACAUGCAGAGUCACCUGAUUAUUUAAUGUAUGUUUGUACAUCUCUUUAGGCCUUGAAAUGCUUUUAUGUGCAAUAUUUUUAAAACUAACAGGGCCUCCUGUGAGAUAUAUAGAAACCGGUCCAUUAUACUGAUGCAUUUUUGCACUCUACUGUGUAGGCUACUGUAUAACAAAGAAGAAAAUGAUGAUUCAUGUGAUAAAGUUGCAUUAUUGUAAUAAUAAAAUACAAAAUA